AUGCCUAUAAAAGACGAGCUUAGAACUUUAGCUAAUAUUGGAGUCAAAAUGCGCGAGGACUUAAGGCUUCUUAAGAUAAACACAAUUUCUAUGUUAGCGCAACAAGAUGCAGAAGAUUUAUAUAAUCGAUUAAAUAAACUUAAAGGCUGCAGACAAGACCCUUGUGUAUGGGAUGUUUUCUCUGCUGCAAUUCAUCAAGCUAAAACCGGAGAAGCCACCAAAUGGUGAAAGUGGACUCCUGAAAGGAAAAAAAUCCAAGCAAUGAGAAAAUCGAAAAAAUAA